UAAAAAGCAAUUAUUUUCUGCUUUUUCUUUAUUUAGAAACCCAGAUUCGCUCUCUCACUCUCCUAUCUCUCAAUCGAUUUUAAUCACUAUGGCCAAGAGCUCCUUUAAGUUGGAACAUCCCCUCGAAAGGAGGCAGGCUGAAGCUGCUCGGAUUAGGGAAAAGUAUCCGGACAGAAUCCCGGUGAUUGUUGAAAGGGCGGAGAAGACUGAUGUACCUGAGAUUGAUAAGAAAAAAUAUCUGGUUCCUGCUGAUCUAACAGUUGGCCAAUUUGUCUAUGUUGUACGGAAGAGGAUUAAGCUCAGUCCUGAGAAGGCUAUAUUCAUUUUCGUGAAGAACAUUCUACCCCCAACUGCUGCUAUGUUGUCUGCCAUAUACGAGGAAAACAAGGACGAAGAUGGUUUUCUUUACAUGACUUACAGCGGUGAAAACACAUUUGGGAUCAUUGAGGCACAUGAUCAAGAUAUAUCCAUGUGAGUAUGGCUUGCGAAAAAAAUAAAAUUAGUUUAAGAUGUAAAUCCUCUUUGCUCUGUGUUAGUUGUAGGUGGAUGUUGUCUUGCUUAUAUUAUUAGUUCAAUAUUCUGUGUUAAAUGGCCUCCUUUGACCAUUUCUUCUGAAGUUGGUAACUAAUAUAGAUGGAUUAAGCGAAGUUUGCUUUGAUAUGGAUGUGUGCCUUGGCACUUUGGAAUAUGUAAGUAGCUGAAUCUGAAUGCCAAUUAGAUAUAGUGUAUCUUGAUGAAA